CUGAACAGUGGGUAGAGGAUCACAGCGGCCGCGCAGUGCUGACGUCUUUGUAUUUGUAGCAGGGGAUUACACGAGCAAUCAGAGUGGAUUCAGCUCAUGUAGUCCUGGCUCGCUGCGCCCUGUGUCUGUACUGAAUAUUCCCGCAGCAUCUGAGCCCCCCUCCUCCCCAUGAUCUAGCAUCCAUCCCCCCCCUAACAUUGUCCACUAUGGGCGAGAUUCCCAGUUUGGUGAAAAUCGGGGUCUCCUUGAGAAUCCAACCCGGCGACGGCCCGGUGUAUUUCAAAGUGGACGGGCAACGCUUCGGACAAAACCGGACUAUCAAGCUGCUGACCGGAGCCAAGUACAAGGUGGACAUCGUCCUCAAGCCCGGGGUCGUGUCGGCCAAGUCGAUGUUGGUGGGCACGAUACCCAUCUCCCUGGAGGAGACUUCGAGAGACCCACAGACGGUGAACUACACUGGGGUCUACGACACAGAAGGAGUAGUUCACACCAAGAGUGGCGAACGGCAGCCUCUGCAAGUCCACAUUCAGUUCAUGGACAUUGGCACCUUUGAGACGGUUUGGCAGGUGAAGUUCUACAACUAUCACAAGCGGGACCACUGCCAGUGGGGGAACAGCUUUGGCAGCAUCGACUAUGAGUGUAAACCCAACGAGACCCGCAGUCUGAUGUGGAUCAACAAAGAGAUGUUUACCUAGACUGCAGUAUGAGGACAUAUCCCUUCACACACUGGUCUGGACAGAUUACACUUGUCCGCGUUAUAAAUACAAAAACCAAGCCUUAACAUCAACACAAAUUGGGCUGAAACUGCACAAUGUGGAAUUAACCAUUUAGUGCUCAAGUGUAAUUGCUUCUCCUGCUGUUUAGAAUGGACAUUUAUCCACGUAUUUUAAACAGAUAGAAUUUGAUUUUGAU